AAAAGAAUCAAUGAUGUAUGUGGUUGAAGGGAGAACGAGCGGGUCGAGACCGGCGAUUCCCGCGCUUGGUUGCCAAAGUCGAAUUCUUUGCUAUUCUAUGAAAUCGAGUGUUUCGUUGCCCUUAAAUUGGAGAGGCUGCUCUUCCUGAGUUGAUCAGAAUAUCCAAUUGAGGUAUCAAGUUCAGAGUUCUUCGACUGUCCGUUUGCCAUCGAGUAGCCCCAAGCCCAUCCCUCCAGCGGAUACACAUUUGUCUAAGAGCCACUUCGACAUGCCCUCCAAGGUCCACGGCCGGCAGUUCGAUGUGGUCGUGUUCGGUGCUUCUGGAUACACCGGAAAGUAUACGGCCCAGUACAUCACCACGCAUCUGCCCACCGACCUGAAGUGGGCAGUAGCAGGACGCUCUCAAUCCAAGCUGGAGGAAGUGGUGGCCGAGUGCAAGAAGCUCAAUCCGGACCGUGUGCAACCCGGAAUCGAGAUCUGCAGCCUGACGGACGAGGACCUCGCCGGGCUCGCCAAGAAGACCUUCAUCCUCAUCACCACCGUCGGGCCCUAUGGAAAGCUAGGCGAGCAUGCUUUCAAAGCCUGUGCCGAGAAUGGCACCCACUACCUUGACGUGACCGGCGAGGUCCCCUUUGUGGCCAAAAUGCUCAAGAAGUACGAGGCCGCCGCCAAGCAGUCCGGAGCUCUCAUGUUCCCGCAAAUCGGCAUCGAGUCGGCACCGCCGGACCUCGUCACCUUCUCACUCGCCUCCUUCAUCCGCUCUGAGUUCUCCUCCACCACGCGGGACGUGACCGUGUCCAUUCACCACCUCAAAUCCGCCCCUUCAGGCGGCACUCUCUCAACAGCAUUUACCCUGCUCGACAACUUCAGCGUGUCCGACCUGCGCGCCGCUUACACGCCGUUUGCGCUCUCUCCCGUCCCGCGGCCAGCCACCAACACCACCCCGCAACCCUCUCUCCUCAGCCGCCUCACGGGCCUGGUGACCGUGCCCUCCCUGGGCCUGCUGACCACCUCUAUCGCGGCAGCCACUGACGCGGCGACGGUGCAGCGUACCUGGGGCCUGCUCUCGACGCUUCCCUCCCCGCGCAGGGAGCAGUUCUACGGCCCGCACUUCUCGUUCCGGGAGUACAUGCGGCCGCGGAACUGGCUGACGGGGAUGGCGCUGCAUUUUGGGCUGAUCGUGUUCCGGCUGGUGCUGGCGACGCCGUUUCUGAGGAGGAUUGUCGCGCGCAUGGUGACGCAGCCCGGGGAGGGCCCGGAGGCGGAGGUUGCCAAGGGGGAUGAGAUCGAGUACCGCGGCGUUGCGCAUGCGGAUGUCGAUGGUGCUGGCCGGGAAGGGGCGUUUUGUCGCGCUUGGUUCAGGGGCAGUACUUAUUACCUGACGGGCAUUUUCCUUGCUGAGGCUGCUGCUACGCUCCUUCAGGAGGAUGUUGGUCUACCUGGAGGCGUGUAUACCCCUGCUUGUCUUGGGCAGCCGUUCAUUGAACGGUUGAACCAGGCUGGGUUCCAUAUCGAGACGAAGCGGUUAGAACCGUGAAUGGGUGCCGGGAAGAUGUCGCCAACGGAUCUGUGAGCGUCCUACACCGGGACGUCACUGCGCUUGUGCCGGUUAUUUGAAAAGUAAA